GAUUCUAUGACAGUUGACGGCACACAGUGGUGAGCAGUUUGGGGCAGAAAAGGGGCCACAGGGAAAGAAGAGAGCCCACUCCAUGCCCGGAAUAGACAACUCUUCUCUGAGACUGAGGCUAACCAGAUUAUGCAGAAAUUUCUUCUCUCCGUCCUUGCCUGGAGCUGGGGUAGUUGUUAAGCACUUGGGUUUCUAAGGAUCCCUUGAAAAGCCACACAAAAUACAUGGCCUUUGAAUGGGUUGCAGCAGUUACCUUUGCUGCUGGCACAGCGGCACUUGGUUACCUUGCUUACAGAAGAUUCUAUGUGAAAGAUCACCGCAACAAAGCCAUGGUGAACCUUCACAUACAGAAGGACAACCCUAAGGUAGUGCAUGCUUUUGACAUGGAAGAUUUGGGAGACAAAGCCGUGUACUGUCGUUGCUGGAGGUCCAAAAAGUUCCCGUUCUGUGAUGGAUCCCACACAAAACACAACGAAGAGACUGGAGACAACGUGGGACCCCUGAUUGUCAAGAAAAAGGAAACUUAGAGGGACAGUUCACAUGCUGCAGACCGACUUGUCAUGAUGUUACCUGGUUGUUUAAUUAGGGUGACUACCACUUCUGUCUAAUUCACCUCCUCUGGGUUCUAGAUGUGGUAUAUUGCAAAUUGCAGCUUUCACAUUUCAUGGCAUUUGCCUUAAUUGCUGAAACAUCGUGGUGCACAUUUGUGUAAACAACAACAGCAACAAAAAAAAAAAAAACAAAGAAAAUGUGAAAACCAACUUCAUGGCCUGUGGGUUAUUUUGGUCUUGUAAGGAUCCGUUUCUUUAAAUUUAAAAUAAUGAUAUUAGAAUAUAGUCAUAUCUUGAGGUUGAUGUAUUAAAUUAUUCUCAAAAUCACACAUACGCAAAUUGUACUUGUAAGUUUCAAGGAAACAUUACCACCUUUUCAUAUCACUCAUUUAUGCUAGAAAGUAAAUAAGGUAUGAUCGAGCUAUAUAUACUUCUUAGUACAAGCU